GGUCAGGACAUCCAACGUUGGCGUACUACCAUCUUCGCAUUGAAUCCGCUGACCAUGUAUCCGACCCGCAGACCAUACUUACCGUGGGUGCCGAUUAGAGUCUAGCGCGAGAUGGCGCCUACACUUCGAUCCAUGAGUUCAAAAUGUCAACGGGCUUGGGGACGUUGUCGCAGCCCUGACGCAUCCCCCAACCUCCGAGUACUCAGUCCCCCCGUGGUAUAUCUAGUUGCCAGUGCCCUCGGACGACAUUCGCUCUUGUGCCUGGACAGAGACCACCCAACCUGCUGACUUCGUUUCGUGCGCAAUGUCGCGUGUUGACCCGGAAGUCGCGAAGGCGGCGCCCACUGUUACGCUGUCGGACGUUGUGGAGAAAGAGGGAGACUCGCAAUCCGAGGACUCAAGACCAGGGGAUGCCACCCCGGAAGGGUCCGAGGAAGUCCUGAUGGACUUGUUUUUGUAUCACGAGCACAACGCAGGUCGCCUGGUCGUCGAUCCCGAGGAAGCACUGAUUGAAUUCGGGGAGAAGGUUGCGAGUAGACUGAAACUCUCGCGGGAUGGUACGAAGGUGCUGUGGCCUCAGCCCAGAGACGACCUAGAGGACCCCCAGAAUUGGUCAGAUGCGCGGAAGAAUUUUCAGCUGUUCAUUAUCACGCUAGCCGCAGUCGUCCCCGACUUCGACUCCGGUAUCGGCAUUGCAUCUAUUUUUGCCCUCGCGGAGCAGUAUGACACGACUACGGGGGUCAUCAAUAAUCUGACAUCGAACUGGAGUAUCUUCCUCUUGGGAUGGGGCAGUCUCGGUGCUGUAAUGCUGAUGCGGCGCUUUGGUCGUCUCCCCGUGCUGUUCUGGUCACAAGUGCUUGCCCUCGGUUUCCUUAUAGGAUGCACCUUCGCACCGAAUCUGAAGACAUUCACCGCCAUGAGAUGCCUCACUGCGUUCUUCGGAACAUGUCCGCAAGUGACCGGUUUGUACGUGGUCACGGACAUGUACCCGUUCCAUCUCCAGGCACGAAAGCUCAAUAUCUGGACCAUGGGCUUCAUCAUCUCCCCGUUCAUCUCACCAUUCCUCUUCGGAUUCCUUGUGGCGCGCGCAAGCUGGCGCUGGACAUAUGGAAUUGGUUCGAUAUACGGGGCAAUCGUGGUGUUAUGCAUCACAUUCUUCGCAGAAGAGACCAUGUACGAUCGUGCCUUGCCGAAUCCACGGCCCAUCCCCCGCCCGACGUCACGUCUGCGGUAUAGGCUCGAGACCCUGAUAGGAAUCACGGGCGCGCGGAUGGCGCGGUACCGUACGAAGUGGAAAGACGCCAUCCUGGCGGUUCCAUCUUUAGUCUGGCGGCCCCAGAUACUGGGAAUCCUUCUCUUCGAGGCCAUGCUGUUCGGAUUUAGUAUUGGUAUCAACACCACGAACGCCGUCUUCCUCGGAACCCCUCCGCCAGUGGGCUAUGGCUUCAGUCAAUACGCAGUGGCUGGUGCCUACGGAACACCAAUUGUCGCGGUCCUCAUUGGCGAGCUGCUUGGCCGAUAUUUCAAUGAUUGGGUCAUGAAUUUCUGCAUCCGGCGUAACAAGGGUGUCUUCGAGGCCGAGAUGCGACUGUGGACCGUCUACAUUGCCGUACCUCUGUACAUAUGCGGUUUUCUCGUGCUAGGGGCUUCGUUCCAGAAACACCUGGGUGUAGGCGCACUCGUGAUGGGUUGGGGUAUCGCGGAAGUGGCUGUCAUGAUCUGCACCGUCGCAGUCUAUGCGUACUGUAACGACUGUUUCCCGACCAGACAGGGCGAGAUUUCGGCGAUGAUCAACCUCGUCCGGACCUUGGGUGGAUUCAGUGUGGCAUACUUCCAAGUACCGUGGGCCACGAAGAACGGCGCCUUGCAAACGUUUGGAGUCGAAGCUGCCAUCGUCGCAGCGCUCUUCCUGCUUAUCGUCCCGAUGCUCCAGUGGAAGGGGGCCAGUUUCCGGCAAAAAUAUUCGCUAUGAUAGGACCCCGCCAUUGGAGGGCAAGGAGUAGCUGUAAGAUAGUAUUCUCACGAGUGAAUAUGACGACACUAUGGGCCUAUGUGGCGUCCUCGACGAGAAAAGGGUUGUCUGCGAGAGACAUGACGCCCACACCUAAGAAACGUGCAGUGAACGCCCUCUAGUCAUCAGCCUCGUCUGACAGCGUCAGUCGCUGAUGACACAACCGGGCGACUGCAGCACCGUCAAUAGGAAUUGAAUUGCCUUGGAAACCUUCAGGGUAGUUGACCGGAGGCACAUCGGGACGCGUGAAUGCCCUGCGAACCCUCAGCGGCCGUCGCGGAGAUUCAAGAGCGGAGAACUCACUUGUCGUUCCAGAAGCCGUAGU